GCCCCGCUGUAGGGCCACGUCAGCAGCCGGAGCGGGAGCGGGAGCGGGAGGUGAUGGGGGCCGCGCAGAGCCUGGACAUCCCGGGCGGGGGCACCGAGGGGUACCAUGUCCUGCGGGUUCAAGAAAACUCUCCUGGACACAGGGCCGGAUUGGAACCCUUCUUUGAUUUUGUUGUUUCCAUUGGCAACACAAGAUUGAAUAAGGACAAUGAUACCUUGAAAGAUCUUUUAAAAGCUAAUGUAGAGAAGCCAAUUAAAAUGGUGGUCUACAGUAGCAAGACGUUGAAGCUGAGAGAAACUACCGUCACUCCCAGCAACAUGUGGGGAGGCCAAGGUCUGCUUGGAGUUAGCAUUCGCUUUUGUAGUUUUGAAGGAGCAAAUGAAAAUGUGUGGCAUGUGUUGGAAGUAGAGUCAAAUUCCCCUGCUGCGUUGGCUGGCCUGAGACCACAUACAGAUUAUAUAAUAGGAGCAGACACAGUCAUGAAUGAGUCCGAAGAUCUCUUCUCUCUAAUAGAGACACACGAAGGGAAACCCUUGAAGCUGUACGUGUACAAUACAGACACGGACAACUGUCGGGAAGUAGUAAUCACACCUAACACAACAUGGGGUGGGGAGGGCAGCCUAGGGUGUGGGAUAGGCUAUGGUUACUUACAUCGAAUUCCAACGCGCCCGUUUGCAGAAGGGAAAAAAAUCAGUCUUCCAGGGCAGCAAUCAAGUGCACCCAUCAGUCCACUGAAAGAUGGCUUCACAGAGGUCCAGCUUUCUGCUUUUAAUUCCGCAUCUUCUGUUGCUGCUGCAACUACCAGUGUUGAACAGGGAAUAUCAGGACUGUCACUUAACACAGCACCUCCUUCCGUCAGCAAUGUUCUUAAUGCAGUUCCCUUAUUGCCUUCGUCUGUGAAUCAGUCCCAGGGUCCAGUGCCAUCAAUUGCAAAUGUUACGACUACACCUGGUUUAAUGCAGUUAUCAGGUGGACUACCUAACUUCAAUGUUAAUCUGACCAAUCUUACUCCAGUGACUUUACCGGGAAUAGGAGGUCUACCUCCGCCAAUUGGAGCUGAUUUGUCAUCAAUUACUCAGCUCCCCCAGCUAAAUAUUCCUGGAAUGCCACCUCUACCGAUGUCCACCAUGUUCACCUCACAGUCAGCCUCCAUUGGUCCAACCUUCUCAAUCCCUCCUCCAAUGCUCAGUGGCUAUAACGCUUCUGUCUCUGCACCUUCGGCCCUCAUUCUGGAUCCCGCAACCGUCUCCAUGACAACCUCUGCUGACAUCAAGGCAACUGGAUCACUUAAUGCAAGCAGUGAUCAGCCGUCUUCCAUUUCUACAGACGCACAAGCUUCUUCUGAGUCCUCUUAACUGCAGGCCUCUCCAAAACCAAGCGGGAUUUGAUUGAUGUAUUUAUUCAGCUGCAAACAGCUUGUCCUGAAAUGUAAAACCCUAUAAAGGAUAGACCGGCCGGCAUGAUCACAUCUCCAGGAACUUUAAAGCUUUGUACAUAGAGUAAUUCUAGCAAUGUGACAAAUGCAUAACCUUUAAUAUAAUUGGACGGUUUACUACAUUGGGACACAGUGGGGUUACUUUUGAUGUAAAUGAGAUUAAAUUAUUUUAUCAAGUACAGAGUUUCUCCCCCAGAGCUGUGGAUUGUUUUUAGUUCAGCAUCUAUGCUGUCGAUUACUUAUCUAGGCAGUAGCUUGUCUAACCUUUCUUCAUAUAGCCUGUGUAAUUUGCGUGUCACCAGGUCAGUGCUAUAUCCUUUAAAAUCCCCACUGUUUUUAUGACUAUUGAAGGGAAAAUAAUGUAAGAGGCGAGAAAUUUAUGUACAAUUCCAAAUCCAGUAGGUGCCACUGUGAACUUAUUGGGGAGUAUAUUCGAUGGUUGAGCAAUAAAUUCUACUGGAAAGCCA